GUUAAACUUCCUUUCAAGUGAGAGCUUUGUUCUUCCUAAGAAGCUCAAAUCAGUUGUGCAACAUGCUGUUGCCAUUUGAAAAUGCUGAGUAAUGUCAGAGACUUUUCUUAUGGCUGAUGCAAACCUGGAGAAUUUGCAUCAUCAUUCAGCAGACUAAUUUGAUAUGACAGGAGCUUAAAUACAAGUCCAUGCGGAAGCUGAGCUGGUUUCCAAUGAGAGGGCAGCACCAGCUAACAACGUGAAAGGACAGGUGUUACUAAGUAGUAUUUAUACAGCAGUGAAUAUUAAAAUACACUUCAGAGUGUUAUACCUGUGUGCAGGAGCAGCUUGAAAGGUAACAUAAGGCAGAGAAAGAGAGUGAGAGCAGUUAGAAAAAUAGCACAAAGAUUGAAGGGAAGAAACUUUGAGUGCUUGCCAGAAAGUUUUUUAUUUUGUUUGUCUUGAGUGUGUUGGUGGCACUAUAGCAUGUUUAGGAAACCUGCUCUCUCCACAAUCUCUAAUGGAAGCUCUUUGCAGGGGCAAUCUAUUGGCAGGUUGCCCUCUCUGGACAGUAAAGAGCCAGCCCAAGAAGAAAAAGUGGUGCUGAAGAAGAAAGUAACUUUUUUGAGAGGGGUAUCCAUUAUAAUUGGCACUAUCAUUGGAGCAGGAAUCUUCAUCUCUCCCAAAGGGAUCCUAAAGAACACAGGCAGUGUGGGAAUGUCCUUGAUUCUCUGGACAGUGUGUGGUAUCCUCUCACUGUUUGGUGCACUGUGCUAUGCUGAACUGGGAACAUGUAUCAAGAAAUCCGGUGGCCACUACACUUACAUCCUGGAGGCAUUUGGCCCAUUACCGGCUUUUGUUAGAGUCUGGGUGGAACUGCUUAUAAUACGCCCUGCUGCUACAGCAGUGAUAUCCUUGGCAUUUGGACGCUAUAUUUUGGAACCAUUUUUUAUCCAAUGUGAAAUUCCAGACCUAGCAAUCAAGCUUAUUACAGCUGUUGGCAUCACAGUGGUAAUGGUCCUGAAUAGCAUGAGUGUCAGUUGGAGUGCUCGCAUCCAGAUUUUCCUUACCUUUUGCAAGCUCGUAGCAAUUUUGAUAAUUAUAGUCCCUGGAGUUAUGCAGCUAAUUAAAGGAGAAACACAGCACUUUAAAGAUGCAUUUGCAGGGAAUGAUGCCAGUGUUAUGGGAUUACCUCUUGCUUUUUAUUCAGGAAUGUAUGCCUAUUCAGGCUGGUUUUACCUCAAUUUUGUUACUGAAGAAGUGGAAAAUCCUGAGAAAAACAUACCGCUCGCAAUAUGCAUUUCAAUGGUUAUUGUCACAGUUGGCUAUGUGUUAACAAAUGUGGCUUAUUUCACUACAAUCAGCCCUGAGGAACUGCUAAAUUCAAAGGCCGUGGCAGUGACCUUUGCUGAACGAUUAAUGGGAAAUUUUUCAUUAGCCGUUCCAAUAUUUGUUGCCCUUUCCUGCUUUGGCUCUAUGAAUGGUGGCAUCUUUGCAGUUUCCAGGAUGUUCUACGUUGCAUCCCGUGAGGGUCACCUUCCAGAAAUUCUCUCCAUGAUUCAUGUCCGCAAGCACACUCCUCUACCAGCUGUCAUUGUUUUGCACCCUCUAACAAUGAUAAUGCUCUUCACUGGGGAUCUGUACAGCCUCCUGAACUUCCUCAGUUUUGCCAGGUGGCUUUUUAUUGGACUGGUAGUUAUUGGGCUGAUUUAUCUCAGAUAUAAACGUCCCGAUAUGCCUCGUCCUUUCAAGGUGCCGCUAUUUAUUCCAGCUUUGUUUUCCUUCACCUGCCUCUUCAUGGUUGCACUGUCACUUUACUCUGAUCCUGUCAAUACAGGAAUAGGCUUUGCAAUAACCCUGACUGGUGUCCCCGCCUACUACCUCUUUAUCAUAUGGGACAAGAAGCCAAGAUGGUUCAGAAGGCUCUUAGUUGAAAUUAAAAUGGAUGAAAUCAAGGACUGAACUGUUCAGGUAAUGUAAUAAGGGAGCUUUUUGACUCUAGAUCAUUGAUUUGAAUCCAGACUAUGUUGGCAGCAACUGAAAGUCAUUAUACUACCUUCACAAUUGGCACUAAGUGGCAUCCAUAUGGUAGUUGCAGCAGAGACUGGCUGGCUAUAGAUGACCCGAUCCAGCAUAUGCUUAGCUUUAAGCCUGUGAGUAAUCCUAUUGAAGUCAGUGGGAAUUCUCACGUGCUUAAUUUAAGAUGUGUAAAUGUUUUGCUAGAUCAGAGCCAGAAUCCUUACCAAAUUACAACUAAAGCUAAUCUUUCCAGAAAAGUAUUGUGGCACAUUGGCGGGGCAGCACUGCACAGUUUACCCUGCCACAGCUUGUGCUAACUGUGUUCUGGGCCUAAAUCAGGCCGUCUGUCUCUAAGGUGAUCAGUCUGGGCUCUUUCAUGACUACUUAUUUCAUUUACAAAUAAUCAGAAGCAAUAAAACAAUUUCUGUAGGAUAAGUGGCAGUGUUAGGAGGGCAACUGAAAUAUGGGUUUUGUAUUAAAUUCCUUUUCUUCCAAAUCACAUGCAUGUUUCCAAAGUUCUGCUGUAAACAUUUAAAAAUAAAACACAAUCCUCCAGGCUGCUAUAAAACCUUGUUCUCCAGCAAAAUUGGAUGUGUGUGUGGAGGGACAGGGAGAGUUACAGUUGGAGGAAACGUACAAGUAUCAGCAUUCUGUACACUAAUUGUGAACUGUAGGCUACUGUCUACAGGGAAAUAGUGAAUGAAAUGCAGCUAGAGAACUAUGCUGCCAUAACUUGGGGUGAAGGCUCUGAUAUUAACGUCUUCACUGCUGGGAGGCUGCUUGAGUGUCUGUGCUGGGGCAGCAGCAGUCUGUUGCCACAGCAGUGAAAUCAGAGUGGAUGGUUCAAUCCUGACAAACUGAGUGAAACUGGAGGUGUGAUUUGUAAAGUAACAGCAAUCCUGCACCCACUGAAGUCAAUCAACUGACUUCAGAAAGUAUAAAAUCAGACCUUUACUUUCAUUAGGUGGUGGCAAUUUCUAAAGUGCACAGUCUUGGCUUAAUUCAACUCUCAGUGGGAGCAUUACUGUUGGAUUCAAACAAAAGUCAAGGUAGGCCAAUGUCGAACACUUUUGAAAAUCCCACUCUUGAUGCACAUGCAUCCAGCUCACUCAAGUUUGGAUUCUUUCGGAUUCUGUUGGGGGCUCUGAGUGUCCUUUAUGCUUCCAGCUGAGGACACAAAGUCAGGGUGACCACAACUGCCUCUCAUGGUCUGUCUACACUGCAGGAGCAGGUGUAAUUGUAGCAAAGGUAGGCACACUCCGCCUGUAAUCUAUCUAACACAGAUGACAAUAAUAAUGAAGUAGGGAAGGUAUCACUAGUUUGUUUUCUGGGUUCUAGAUAUUCAGGCCAGUAAACCCUAGAGAAGCAGUUGAGGGCUUAUCCCUAUUACCCUAGACACAGGAGCUUGAAAAGGGAUAGUACUCCCUGGUAUCCACCCCCUCUUCUCCUCAACCUUACAAAAGGAUAUUGCAGCUAGCCCAAUUGGCUCCACUACCAGCUGACCAGACCAGUCGUGGUUCUGAUGAGGAAUCACAGGCAGAGGAAGACCGAAUCCCAGCACCCAUCUUAUCUCUUGAUGAGACUAUGAGACCUGCAGCAUCACCUCAACCCCUGAUGAAAACAAAAUGUCCCAGCACUGCUAUGAAGAAUGGCUGACACUGGAGAUCCAAAUGGAGGUGGUCCAGGAAUAAAAUCACACAAGCGCCUGAAUAUCUUUCACACAUCUGUUCCUAAACAUCUUGCAAUGCCCAUCAACAAGGGGUAUGAAGAUCUAGGUAAGUUGCUUUGGCAGACACCUGCUUCUUUGGCAUCAACAUAAAAAAAAAGCGGACUGUUACUACCAAAUGAUACCCCAGAGCUUCAAGCAAUUUUACAUUCACCCCAUGUCUGGAUCAAUGGUUGUCUCAGUGGCUAAAACUAAAGCUAGACAAAGCCAGCAGAAAGCAACACCUUGAGACAAGGAGCCCCAGAAACCAGAUUUAUUUGGAAGGAAAAAAAUGAUUCUACAUCAAGUCCUCAAAUAAGAAUCACCAAUUACCAGGCCCUGUUGGCAAAAUUAUGAUUAUCUGAAUUGGGACUCCAUAUCCAAGUUUGCAGACAAGCCUCUUCAAGAUUUAGAGAAGAGUCUAAAUCCUUGAUUGCUGAAGGUUAAAUUGUGGUCCACACAUCUCUCCAGGUAGUCCUUGAUGCUGCUGACACAGCUUCUAAAUUCAUGGCUACCUCAGUUGCCAUGAGGUGGUAAUCUUGGUUCCAGUCAUCAAGGAUCUCUAACAAAGUACAAAUUACAGCUGAUGAUCUUCCAUUUGAAGGAUACGAAGCUUUCAGUGUGAAUGCAGAUGAAACUACACUCUUUGAAGGACUCUUGGGCAACACUAUCUAGUACUAGUGUGUAUGGUACUAAUUCAUUCCUUGCCAUGUUUCAUCAUAACUAUGGAAGCAAAUUACUCAGAAUAAAUUAUUUCAUACGAUUAUCUCUUUUUUCUGCUAAUAAUAUAUCUGUGAACAGAUUUUUGCUGCCUGGAAUUUAGCUGUUAUUUAAAUUUAUUUAAUAUCUUUUUGAAUUUUUAAAUUUGAUAAACAUUCUACAUAUGAACAGUGGUGCUUGUGAUUGGUCAAAUAAAUCACAUGAUAUAGUUUCUAUUCCAUGAAUUGAUUAGUAUAAUUCACUUUUUGUAAACAUAUGAGCAAUUGGUUUGCUCAAAUGGUCAUAGAAAGUGAAUUCACAAAGUUUUUGCAUUAGUCAUCCAGCUCUUGUCAUGACAUCUCGGUUUUAAAUUUUUACUAUAAAGUAACAAAGAUAAAUUUUCAAAAAUGGCCACUGAAUUUGGUUGCUUCUGUUUUUGGGUGUUCAGCUUGAGAUAUUUUGGCCCUGAUUAUCAGAGGAGCUACAUACCAGCAGGCCUGUUGACUUUAAGUGGAGCAUUAGAUUCUCAUUUUUCAAAAUGAAGUUUAAGGUCUCAAAGUGCACACCCAAAAGCUGAGUCUGCUAACAGCACUUUUGAAAGUUUUGACUAUACAUUCUGUCAUUCUAAGUUUAAUCUGUGGGAAGUAUUUCUGUUUGAAACUGAAAAAAAUGAGACUAGUCUUUUACUAAGUAGUGUACUGGGUACAAUUUAUGCCUUGGUAAUGUUCAGUAGACCAAAGGUUCAUAGAAUAUCAGGGUUGGAAGGGACCUCAGGAGGUCAUCCAGUCCAACCUCCUGCUUAAGGCAGGACUAAUCCCCAGAC